AUGAUCAGUGUUAAGAAACUGAUCAAGCUGGCAAGGAAAUGGCAAAAUUUUGCAGCGAAACAGAGGAAGAGAAUUUCUUUUCCAAGAUCCAAUUACCAUGAUGCAGAAAGUUGUAGCAUACCAACUUCCAUAGUUGGGAAAGGGUAUUUUGUGGUCUAUACAACUGAUCAAAAGCGAUUUGUAGUUCCGUUGGCUUAUCUACAACAUGAGGUAAUCAGACAACUGUUGCACAUGUCUGAAGAAGAGUGUGGAAUUCCAAGUGAUCACCCUAUCACUUUACCAUGUGAUGCACUAUUCAUGAACUACAUUAUAUCACUCAUCAGAAGAGGUGUAUCUGCCGAUCUUCAGAAAGCGUUGCUUGUAUCAGUUGCUUUGAGCCAAUGCUCAUCAGCUUUAUGCCUUCAAGAACAAAGAAAUCCCCAAGUGCUAGUUUAUUGA